AUGCACUGCCAAUUCUUGGUGAUUUCCCCACUCUUAAUAUUCGGAAGGGAAGAUACUUAUCAAUUUAACAUCAUCAAACCAUUUAAAGCAGGCAGUACCAACCAUUAUCUCCGAUAUGAGGGGUCGCCCAAAACUUCGUAUCAGAUUCCAGAGGGCGUUACAGGCGAGGAAGUACGGAAUACAUCCAAAAAUCACAUUAUCUAUAAGUUUUGUGCCGAAAGAAAGGAGAAUCUCCUAUCCCUUGAGAAUCACUUUGAAGCCAAUACUCAUCGCAAAAGUGACGUGAUAAUAGACUCCAGAGACGAAGAUUCAUCUUACAAGGAAUGUUCGGAGAAAAUUAACUCACAACUUGUUGGAAUAACUCUACUAAGUAUGUCUGCAAUAAGUAAAAAUAGAUUGCCUCCCUGUACAACCAAAAUGCUCAUCAGAGAUAUCUCGUAUCGUCGUGCCAAAGCUUAUGGCGCUUACAAAAUAUACAGUCACCAGGCUUCGGCAAAAAUUAUUCUUGAAUGGGACGAAUUUAUUCCUCUUCAUGAGCUAUUGGAUCAAAAAGAUCCCUUGAUGACCAAGAAGAGACAGGGACAACUCACACACCUUGUAUACAUCGCCGGAUUUCUCAAGCUUGCAACUGAAAUACCUGACAAAAAAGGUUACAAAAUCUCACCGGCUCUUGGAAAUCCACCCGAAAACGAAAUUUAUGAGUUUUUGGAUAAAUUUAAAAGGCAUAGGACAUUUAUAACGUUUGAUUUGCUUAGAUUGUUCUGA